GAGGCUUUGCUCUCCUCCUCCUCCUCCUGCUGCAGUCUUUGCGCUCAGAAAAAAGGGGGGCUCCGUUGUGCCUAUUGUACUGGGCUUUUUUUCCUCCCCAAUUGAUUAUUAUUGCUCUCGCACAUUGCAAGGAAGCAUGGCCGAGGAGCAGGAGAUCAUGUGCAAGCUGGAAAGCAUCAAGGAGAUCCGGAACAAGACUCUGCAGAUGGAGAAGAUCAAAGCCCGCUUGAAGGCGGAAUUCGAGUCACUGGAGUCAGAGGAGAGGCACCUGAAGGAAUACAAGCAGGAGAUGGACCUCCUUCUGCAGGAGAAGAUGGCGCAUGUGGAGGAAUUGCGCCUCAUCCACGCCGACAUUAAUGUGAUGGAAAACACAAUCAAGCAGUCCGAGAACGACCUCAACAAGCUCCUGGAGUCGACCCGGCGCCUGCAUGAGGAGUACAAGCCUCUCAAGGAGCAUGUGGAUGCCUUGAGGAUGACGCUGGGUUUGCAGAGGUUGCCGGACCUGUGUGAGGAGGAAGAGAAACUCUCCUUAGAUUACUUUGAAAAGCAGAAAGCCGAGUGGCAGACGGAGCCGCAGGAGCCUCAAAUUCCAGAAUCCUUGGCAGCAGCAGCGGCAGCAGCCCAGCAGUUGCAAGUGGCCAGAAAACAAGACACCCGACAGACAGCCACCUUCCGGCAACAGCCACCGCCCAUGAAGGCUUGCUUGUCGUGCCACCAGCAGAUCCACCGGAACGCGCCCAUCUGCCCGCUCUGCAAAGCCAAGAGCCGCUCUCGGAACCCCAAGAAGCCCAAAAGGAAGCAAGACGAGUGAAAGGCCGGGCAGCCAAUCACAAUGUGUUGUGCGACCAGACCCCGCCCCUGGCCCGCCCCUUUCCAGUAGAACUGUCCCUGUGGCCCGAAUUGACCCCAAUGCAAAAGAAGAGUGUAUUUGAGUUGAGUAAUUACCUUUUUAAAAAUGUGAUGUAAGCACAACUGUUCCGUUGAGACUUAAUUUUCCUUUUGCUUAGCGUUUUUUUUUUCUUUAAUAGGAAAAUAUUAGAGUCGAUGGUGCUACGUAGAUAACUGAUUUUUUUCAUCCCACCUUUUGGACUUUGCAAAAAAAAAAUAAGGCGAAGGUGGAAGGACAUUUUCUAUGUAGAAAAUAGAAAUCUGUGACAUGCAUUUCAUCUUUUUUAUUAGUCGAUAGACUGAGGACUUUUUUCUACUCACCAAAAUGCCAUUGUUUCCCAUUCAUUCCUGGCUGUAUUUUUCUACUUUCCCACUCUGCUCCAAAGCUCGGAAACGGUUUCGUAGGAUACAUCUGUAUUUAUGUCUGGGUUAUGGUGUUUGCUUACUCUUUCUUUCACGUUUUUUGAGCAUUUUUUUAAGAAAAGAAAUUUGUGCUGAAUUGAUAUUUUGCAUAAUCUGUGUACUGUGAAUAUUUCUCUCUGUUGUAUAAAUACUGCAGCCUUGCUCCCCUACUUUUACCCAUCCUUUUGCACAACUAUGCCGUUUCCUCCCGUUUUGCUUAAUGUUUUUGCAGACUGAUAAUUGCAAAUCUUAACUGGAAAUAUUGGGAAUUUGGAGUUCAAAAUGCAGGCGCUUCUCCUAAGAUAGUCCUCCAAAAAAAGUCCUCUUCCAAAAAAAGUACAGUAGAGUCUCACUUAUCCAAGCUAAACGGGCUGGCAGAUAAGCGAAUAUGUUGGAUAAUAUGGAGAGAUUAAGGAAAAGCCUAUUAAACAUCAAAUUAGGUUAUGAUUUUACAAAUUAAGCACCAAAGCAUCAUGUUAUACAACAAAUUUGACAGAAAAAGUAGUUUCUGCAGUAAUGCUAUGUAGUAAUUACUGUAUUUACGAAUUUAGCACCAAAAUAUCACGAUAUAUUGAAAACAUUGACUACAAAAAUGUGUUGGAUAAACCAGAAUGUUGGAUAAGCGAGUGUUGGAUAAGUGAUACUUUACUGUAACAAAACCAAAUGGAAAAGUAACAAGCGGUGCAGCAGCUUUUGUAAAACGUUAUUUUAUUCAGUAUUGUUAGCAAGAGCUACAAGGUACUUUUUACAAGUUUGCUUUUGUAACAAACACAUAGUUUUGUAUUAUGUGUUAACCAUAACAUCAGCUUUCAGAGGAUUAAUAAAUAACUUAGGUCCA